AUGGGACAAGUUCAGAGCGUAAGUUCGAGUAGUUUCCAGGAGGAGUACUACCUGUUUUUCGACGAGAAACAGCGCGAAGAGGAGCCCAGCAGCGCUGCUAAGCGAUGCGAGCAUUUUUACGGUAAAUCGCUGCCAAAAACCGUCAGUGCCUCUGGUGUCUCUGAGGUCGGUUCCGAUCCUCGUCUGGUGCGCCGCGGCCAUGGCGGCGAUGUGUUCAACGUGUCGACCAACAGUGGAGUGGUCCAUUGUGGCGACCUCUAUAGCAUCGGCAACACUGCAAGUCUGGACGAAGACAUGGACGGUUCAGCAAACCUCGGCUGGUCUGUGGACGACUGCCAGGGCGAGUUUGAUUGCACUUUGAGGGAGUACAGAAGUCCCUCCGGGCGCCGCAUAUCCGGUCGCUACAACGGCGAAGAGUUCGUAGACGGCCGCAUUGUGUGGCCUGACGGCCGUGAGUACGAGGGAGCGCUGAAGGGCUCGGUGCCUCACGGUUUCGGCACGUACCGCACCUCUACCGGGAAAGAGUACAAGGGCAAUUGGCAUCUAGGCUUGCAGCAUGGUACUGGGUGCUAUGUGACGGACAGAGAGGGCUGCCGCGUCAGCCGUCACGGCAUCUGGGAGACCGGCCAGCUCGUUCGUUGGCUCGACGAGGACGAGCAGGGCGAGGGCACCGCGGACUCCGUGCGCCGCUCUCUCCUGGACAAGAUCAUGGCCACGCCCACCACCACCCCCGAGCUGUCGCCGUCCUCUCGGGAACAAACGCCAAUAUCAUACAGUGCGAAGCCGCGAGCUGCGCAGCCCAGGGCAUUUCGCGCUGCAUGCAGUGGCGAAGACCCGGGUGUCAACUACUAA